UAGCCACAACAUUUCGUUGAGCGUAAUCACAAUAACACUAGCUGUGAUGGCUGACAAGGAACCAAUUGCUCGCACAAUAUCUUCUUGCGAGAAAGAAUUAGAUGAUAUUCAAGGUUUAUUGGAAGGGUUGUCUACUGAUAUUAACAACAGGAUGUCACAAAAAGGAACAGCAACUCUAAAACGAGAAAAGGAGCAACGGAAGGUCACAAAUACAGAUUCCUUGCAUUUUUUCCUAACAUGCAGUAACAAAGAUUUUGAGCUGAAGACAAAUCGAAUGUCUGUAACAGAUCUUGACCUGACUCAAAUGACGCUACAAGCAGAACUAAAAACAUUACAAAGCUAUUUGAAACAGUCAAAUGGUGUUGAUGAGAAAGAAAUUACACUUUUACAUAAAAAGAUAUCUUUUGUCCAAGACCGUGUAUAUAGAUGUAUUACAAAGAGAGGUCAAGUAUUGGUAGAUCGAAACAUAAAAGACUUUGAAAGAAGGCGGUCACAAGAAUUCCUAGAAGAGUCUGUUGAAGCUCCGCCCAAGCCAGAAAGAUUUAUCACGAGACAGAGUGUGCAUUCCAAAGAAAUUGAAGAUUUGUCAGUUAAUCAGCUAGAAGUACUACUACGUCACAACAGCAUUGACUUUCCUGAAAACUCCGACCAAGAAAUGUUACUACGAUUGGUAACAGAGAAGCUAUUACCAGAAGAGUGGGACCCUCCUGAUACAGACUCUAUAGCUUGGACAAAUGCAACUGACAUGGGAUGCUCUAAAACUGGCACACUUCCUACUUCGGCCAGCAUGGAUUACACAGGUUCAACAUCGCCUGUAGAUGGUGACUUCUUUUUACUGAGUCCAAAUGACCUACAAGACUAUAUGAAGUUUAAAGCUUUAAAUGAAAACAAACUGAUAGACUGGGAUCCAACUGACUUACUAAGAGAAUUAUAUGGCAAGAUAACUGUUGGAGCAAGAAAACUGAGAAAAGCAGCCACUAUCAAAAACAAGAAGGUGAACUGCAUGCAGGGAUAUUUAGAAAAAUUACCCAUGAACCAAACCAAGGUUACCCUCUUCAAGGGAUAUAAAAAACGCUUUUUCCAAGUGUCUCGUGGAAAACUUUUUUAUUACGAGGACCAUAAAUCAGAAGCUCCAUUUGGCAGCAUUGAUAUUUUAGGAUCAGAGAUUGAGCCGGGUGAGAAUAAGACGAUUCUCAUUACUGCUAGGUUAAAAUUUGGUGCUAAUAAAAUCUUGCAAGGAAACAAGUUGGUACUGCGUUGCAGUUCAGACUCAGAACUGAGUGAUUGGCUUGCUUCUUUGAAAGCAAUGUCAGUGAUCGAACCUGUUCCAGAUACAUUUGUACGAGAGGGAAGCUUGAAGAAAAAAGAGGGUAAUAACAGUGUCAUUGUUAUUGAUCUUGGUUCGACUACAAUCCGAGCUGGACUUACAACUGAUGCAUUACCAGUUAUAGCAUUUCCAGCAGCUUUUGCUGUCAAGAAAAGUGAAGUCAGUGAAGGUAGGAGGUUUACUGAUGCUGGGCUACCUGACCCACAUUCAUGUCGUUGUGGUUUCGAGGCGUAUUUCCCAGCUAAUAGAAAAGAUGCAAAGAUAGUGUACCCACUGCGAGCUUCAAUAAAAGUUGAUAAGUAUUCGGUUAAAGUUCGGUACAUACCCGGUUUACUAGAAAAAGUGUUUCACGAAUUGGGGGUCGAAACAACUAACAAAGUGGUUGUGUUAAGCUGUCCGAGGUAUUUAAGCGACAAAGACAGAGAAUAUAUAUUAGACUACAUGUUUGGGCAGAUGUGUGUUGAUGCUGUUUACAUGCAAGAACAAGCUUUAUUAGCUCUUUAUUCUUACAACGUAACCACAGGCGUAAUAGUUGACAUUGGUGAUCAUUUAGACGUUCUUCCUGUUGUUGAAGGCUCAGUUAUAGAGAGGGGUGUGACCAGCCUACCAUAUGCUGGUCAGCAAAUUACUGAAUACUUAGGAAAACUACUCACUGAAAAUGGUUACAGAUUGUUCUCUGAUAUUGAAAGUUUUAUUGUUCGUUAUGUGAAAGAGGAGGUAGCAGAGGCGUCUGUCGAUUUCCAGGAAGACAUGACGUCAUCGCCGAAUUUAGUGGAUAUAAACAUUGAGAGAUUUCACAUACCAGAUAGUCGAAAAGAAAUUCAAGUUGGAAAUAUGAAAUAUCGAUGCGUUGAAGGACUGUUCAACCCUGGGUUGUAUGGGAAGGACGACGUAUCGUUACACCACAUCGUGGAGCGUUCAAUUAAAGCGUGUGAUAUCGAUCAACGAAGGGAGUUGUGUAGGAACAUUUAUCUUUCUGGUGGAUCGUCUUGUAUUAGUGGUUUGAAAGAACGCCUACAGCAAGAGUUAAAAGCAUGUUUGCCAGAAAAUGUAAACAUCGAGGUAACGGCAUCAGCGCAGUCUUUAAACGCAGCUUUCAAAGGUGCCACCAUUGUGGCUGGAUUAGAACAUUUUGAAGACAUGGUAAUUUCACGUAAUGAAUGGCACAUGAGUGAUGCCGCUAUUUUGUUAUCAAAAUGGCACCCAAAGUAAUGUGGCAGGCAUAUUUGUUUAUCCCGGUGUCAUUUUGUCAAGCUGUUAUCCUAUCGAAAUAGCUGCUAGGAUAUUAACGAGAAAAGAUCUUUCGUCUAACUAACCAAUGUAUAAGAACAAUCCAUAAUGGCAUCCUAACUGUGAGAAUGCACUAACGUUAGCCAGAAGAAUGACUAAAAAAUUAUUUUAGAAGUGAAUAUUUUUUUUUCUGUUUUGUAAAGAAAUAAUUUAAUUUUAUGUUCGUAUUUUUUAUAUAUUAAAUACAUGCACAAACUUGAAGAAGUAAAUAAUUUUAUAAUGAUUGUAUGUGAAUAUUAAUAAUUGUUAUCCAUUAAAACCUCUACGGUGGAGAUUGUUUCAGUUGUUUUUAAAGUUGUUCCAAAAAUGUCAUUAAAGGCUGUGGUAUGGUUGGAAUGCGCAAUUUUGAAUCACGUGACUAGUGAAUUACAUCAUGAAAAGUUGGAGGAGAAUAACAACGUUCAAAUACUUCCCUAAUUUUUUUUUUUAAUGUUGAAUUAAAAAUCAGGAAUAAGAAAUCGGAAGAACGGAUUUGUGUAAAUUUUCCUCAAUAUAUUUUCUCCGAUUUUUUUUUACCAAUUUAUUUGACCGAGUCUUUUUUUUUGUUAGCGUUCCCUAUGCUGAUUAUGCUACGUACGUUUACAUAUAGAAUAGAGCAUCACAAACCUCAACAAAUUCUAAUUUUUCAUAGUUCUUUAUUUAGUUAAAGGAAAAUUUUAUUGUUGGUUCAAUUUUAUAACAGGCUUGAAUUUUAGUCAAAUGAGAGUGAUAAUGUGACUAAAAUUUUCUUGCGGCUGUAUUUGACCAAUUAUACAAACCUUAUAUGUUUUUCAUAUACGUAAAUUUCCUUACGGCUUUUUAAGGUAUAUUUUUUUAAUUGAAUAUUUUUGAUUUUAAAGCUUAUGUUACACUGACAUUAUGUUUGCACCUUUGUUCAGAUUUUAUUUUGGAGGACUCUUUCUAUAAUACUGCUUGGAAAAUAUCGAGGUAACCAAAAUAAAUAUUCUAUUGAGAA